AUGUCAAUUAUCUUUAGGGGGCAUACCCAGAAGGUCAUGGCAGUUUCUUUCACUCCUGACGGGCAUCGCAUUGCCUCUGGUUCCGAAGACAAGACGGUCAGAGUCUGGGAUGCGACUUCUGGUGCUUGCCUGAGUAUUAUUCUCGACCACACCAGUGGCAUAAACUCUGUUGUUUUCUCACCGGAUUGCACUACAUUGGCGUCAAGCUCCUUUGAUGACGAAGUCCGGUUAUGGGACGUCCGUAGCUGGGAGAUGGCUGGGAAGCUGGAUGAAUUUGAUGAGGACGUUCACUCCGGCACACUGGCAACUCAGCUACUGGUUCAACCUUCUGGACAUUCUACGGAAAUAACUCCUGUUGUCUUGUCUCACGAUAAACGCUGGCUCGCCUCUGGGUCCCAAGAUUCAACAAUCACGAUAUGGUUGGACUGGAAGGAGAAAUAG